AUGAUGCAGAGCCUCUCCACGGGAGUAAUCAUCACGACGGGCGAACUCGAGCGCGGCAUGAAAGCAUGGCCCGAGAGUCCGUACGGCAGCGGCGGGGGCGAGGGCAGCGCGGCCGCCGCGGCGGACGAUGGCGAGGGCAGGGCGCCCGCUGUGACGAGCGACGGCGAGGGCAGGGUGCCCGCAGGGACGAGCCAGGGCGAGGGCAGGGCGGAGGCGGUGGCGGCGCCGUACGAGGGCGAGGGCGAGGGCGAGGGCGAGGGCGAGAGAGCAGAGCGGCGGCGGCAGCCAGGGCCAGGGCGGGGCAAGGGCAACCUCGCGUCGCGUUUGGGCCUUGGGGGUCGCGUCGCGGACUCGCGGCGGCGGUGGGGGCUAACCGCUCGCGUGGGGGUUGGGGUUGUUCAAUGA